GGGCAGGGCAGGGUUAGCCGCACGGUCGCGGCUGGUCUACACCCCGCAACCACCCAAAACCGGGAGGCGGCCAUUUUGUGAGUCGGCGCAGAGGCGGCGAGUGUUGCGCGCGCUGCGGGGGCCGGGGACGAGCCGACGCUGUUAGAGCGAAGAGGAGCGAGAGGGGGGGCGCUAAGAGCCUGUUUCUCUCUCUCCACCACCCCCCCCCCCUCCACCGCUGCGGCACCAAACUCCCACAGGCGGUAGGCCCAGCUUCCCUCCCGGCUUCGCUUUUUAUUUUCCGCCGAUUUCUCUUCCCUCGCCCGGAGACCGGGAAUGCGCGGCAGCUCCGAGCGGAUGGAGUGAGCGGCCCCGGAGCUGGAGGGGGAUACGGGGAGUCGCGGAAGUCAAUGCCGAGUUCGGAUACGCGCGGCGGGAGCCGGGGUCGCAGCCCCAGCGGGAGGAGACACCAGAGCCAGAGCGGCCCGGCUCCGGCCCAGGCCCGGGAUAAAGGCCGCUGCUCGACCGCCGCCGCCGCCUCGUCCGCUCCUCCUCGCCCUUCGUCGCGUUCGCGGCGCAGGAAACGCCGCAGGAAGCGCUCGGCCGAGAGCCGGGCCCAGCGGAGGGACGGCAAGUACCCGGGGUCCGCCGCGGCAGCCUGCUCGGCUUCGGGCUCCUCGGCCCUCCCGCUCCGCGGCCUGGUCGAGUACGAGGACGUGAGCUCACAGUCGGAGAAUUUCGGCUUCAGCCCCGCGUCUUCAGCUGGGCGCCGGGCCGAGCGAUCCCGCGACAAGGAGAGGCGCAGACGGGACAAGGGCAAAGAGAGCUCCCGGUCCAGGGCGGACGGCAAGGCCAAGAGUAAAAGCCGGAGCCGGAACAAAGCCGGGGCGGCGGCCGAGCAGCCGGCCCAAGGCGACAAGGAGGCCCGGGGAGGCCGCGGUUCGCACCGCACCGACAAAGAGACGCCCGCGGCUUACAGAGAGCCUCCGCCGCGGGCCUACCGGGAAGCCGACUGGGAGGCUCCGCGGGCCUACCGCACCUCGACCUCUCCCGGGCCCCGCAGUCCGCCUUACCGGGAGCAGAGCCCCUACGGUACAUCUGUCUCGUGUUACCCGCAGGCUUACGGGGUCACCUCCGGCCAUAGCCCCAGCAGGCCCCCUGCCUUCGAGCUGUACAGCCCUCCGCCGCCGCUCUUCGCUUUCAAGCCGCUGUACAGCUCGCGGGAGUCGGCGUUACACGCCGGCUAUACCGGUCGUUCUCCCAGCCCUUACCCGACUUCACGCCGCCGCUCUCCCAGCUUCUCCAGGCACCUUAGUCCCUAUGAUUAUGGCGCUCUGUCCCCCGCUCCCUACUCCUCCAGCAGUCGGCGACGCUCGUCCAGUCCUUACAGCCGGAGCCCGGAACUCAGGAGGCCCAAAUCACGGAGCAGAAGUCCAUAUCAUUCUAGACGAUCAAGAUCUCGCAGCAAGCACCGUGUAUCAAGGUCUCGCAGCCGGCAGUCAAGCAUUUCACCAAACAGUUUAACUUAUAAAACUAGUCUUGCAGCUGAGCUGAGUAAGCACAAAAAAGCAAGAGCUGUUGAGGCUGCUAAAAAUAAUUCAAAAACUUCAAAUGCACUUACUGUGACUACUGCCAAGGCAAGUAGCAAUGCUAGUUCAACAACAACAGCCCAUACAUCUCAAACAAAGGACACAAGAGAGGCGAAUAAGCUCAAGUCUGAGCGAGUGACAGUUUCCCCUUUAGAUACUGGGAUCCAGGUAACAGUUAAAAGUGAGAAACCAAAAGUCAAGGUGACUACUCAGGAGGUGAAAACAGAUCUUGACUCAAAUACAGAUAAAAAAGAGGCAACACCAACGAACAUCGGGGCAAAAAUUCCGAAAGCCCAACCAUUGAAAGUGGAGUUGACUACGCCAAAAGAAAAACUCAAGCAAGCUGUGCCAAAUGAAGUUGCAAAGGAGAGAGAGAAAAACCCGAAUCUGCAAACAUCAGCACUGCCAUCACUACCUCUGCUCCCAGUGCUGACCAAGGAGGGACAUGAAGAAGUGAGCAGUCCAAAGGAUGGCUUUAUAACAAAGACUAUAAAGAAGGAUCCUGAACGGAAGACCCGGCACUUACUAACAGACCUUCCAUUGCCACCUGAACUUCCAGGAUCUGAUUUACCAUCUCCUAAAACUCCUGAAGAGAAGAAAGCACCUGUUCAGUCUCAAAUUAAAAAACGACCCAAAAUCUGUGGCCCUCGGCACGGUGAGACUGUAAUAGCAGAAAUUGACUGGGGUAAACGCUGUGUCGACAAGUUUGAUAUUAUUGGAAUAAUAGGUGAAGGAACUUAUGGACAAGUCUACAAAGCUAAGGACAAAGAUGCUGGUGACAUGGUUGCUUUAAAAAAAGUUCGCUUGGAUAAUGAAAAGGAAGGCUUCCCUAUAACUGCUAUCCGAGAGAUUAAGAUACUAAGGCAGUUGCACCACUCGAGCAUAAUAAACAUGAAAGAGAUUGUGACAGACAAGGAAGAUGCAUUGGAUUUUAAAAAAGAUAAAGGUGCAUUUUAUUUGGUGUUUGAAUAUAUGGACCAUGACUUAAUGGGACUCUUGGAAUCGGGAUUAGUGCAUUUCACUGAAAACCAUAUCAAAUCCUUCAUGAGACAACUAAUGGAAGGUCUGGACUACUGCCACAAGAAGAACUUUUUGCAUCGAGACAUCAAAUGUUCUAAUAUUUUACUUAAUAACAGGGGACAGAUAAAACUUGCUGACUUUGGACUGGCUCGACUGUACAAUUCGGAGGAAAGUCGACCGUACACCAAUAAAGUUAUUACUCUCUGGUAUCGGCCACCUGAACUCUUGCUUGGGGAGGAGCGAUAUACGCCAGCUAUAGAUGUAUGGAGUUGUGGAUGUAUUUUGGGCGAGCUUUUUACUAAAAAGCCUAUCUUUCAAGCAAAUCAAGAACUUGCUCAAUUGGAGUUGAUCAGCCGAAUCUGUGGUAGCCCAUGUCCAGCAGUGUGGCCUGACGUGAUUAAACUACCUUACUUCCAUACCAUGAAACCAAAGAAGCAAUAUCGCAGAAGAUUAAGAGAAGAAUAUUCUUUUAUUCCAGCAACUGCUCUGGAUCUCUUUGAUCACAUGUUAGCUUUGGAUCCCAGUAAACGCUGCACUGCUGAACAUGCCCUUCAGUCCGAUUUCCUGAGAGAAGUGGAUCCUACGAAAAUGCCUCCACCUGACCUACCACACUGGCAAGAUUGUCAUGAACUAUGGAGCAAAAAGCGGCGAAGACAGAAGCAAUCUGGAAUUAGUGAUGAUGCAGCACCUAAAGUUCCUCGUAAGGAUUCUGCUUUAUGCUUGGAUGACAGCAGGAACAACACACCUCAAGGCUUGCAGCUUUCUCAACAUAAAACUCAGGGCAAUUCCAGUAUAGGAAUAGGGAGUAAAUGCACUGGACAGCCACUAAACCAGAAUGACCUGGCAAUUCUGCUGAAUUUGUUGAGAUCCAAGAACAGUCUCAGCCUAGCACAUCUUGCUCAAAUGUUGAAUAUUAAGGUGAAUCCUGAGACCCAGCAGCAACUCAGUACAGUUAACCUUCCAGCUGGAGUCCUGGCAGCAGCUGCUAAGCAGCAGCAAGAAUUGGAGAAGCCACAAGUAACAUCAUCUUUGACAGUUCAGCCCCCACUGCCUGUGACUCAGCCAACACUGAAAGGUGAGCCUGAUGCUACUCAGGCCGCCAUCCAGAGUACACUUGCUGUUUUACUAGCUCAACUGAUUAAGACACCACAGCCAAAAGAGAGAGAAAUUGUUGCAGAGGCAGAGAGCACUGUUACUGAAAUCGAACUGCCCGCUCAACCGCCAGAACCUCUGGAUCCACCUGACCCUGCUGCUGCUACGCUCGAUUUCAGUGAUGACUCUGCUAGACAUUCGGAUCUUAGCAUCCCAGAACAGUCACCUGUACAUGAACAUCCUCGAAUCCUGCCCCCAGAUCAGAGACCCCCAGAACCGCCAGAACCACCACCCGCUUCAGCAGACGGAAACUUUCAGACAGAGGAGCAGCAUAGUGCCGUUUCUUGCUCAACAAGUGAUCCAACUGCAGGAGUGAAAGCAGCCCUUUUGGAGCUAUUAGCUCAUCACCAAGCCCAGGAAUUGGGACAAACGUCUCUUGACUAUCGAGCAAGUGGUAACCUUAGAACCGCUGCAGAUUAUGGGGAUGGAUUUGGGACAUCCUGCACAUCUAAUAACUUCAGUACUGAUGGGUAUACCAGCAGACUUGGCAGCGGUGGGGGAAGGGGCACCUUCCUGGGUAGUGCGGAUGCUCCCAGUCACUCACUUCUGGAUAAUGUGUCGUCUACAUUCAGUGCUCCAUCAUCUCUUGCUAGUAGUACGCACUUGCAUUCUGGCUACUCAGAUGCCUUUUCUAGCUCAGUGACAGGUUAUGGAGAAGGGAUUAAUUAUCUCAGCAGCAGUGCUAUGCAGUUUACAGGAGACAAAGACCACAGAUUUGAGUACAACCGUGGUGCUCUGCCCCUGCUGGGCAGCAGUGGAAGUAAUCCAGCAGCAAUAUCUGAAAGUACAAACAGCGCAAAUGUGCCUCUUGCCGCAAAACUGCAAAAUUAUGGGUAUGUUGCCAACAGACAAGAGAACCUAGCCACAAGUGGCCACCUUCAUGGACAGAACUGGGGAUCCCCUGGGCGUGGAACAGGUUAUUCUCAUGCGUACAGCGGCCGUAUUAGCACAUCAACCAUAGGAGGACGAGGCAGAGGUUUACCAUAUUGAUUUACAAACCAGACUUUAUAAAAUAUACAUGAACAAUACACUGAAACAGCUGGGAAGUCUUCUACAUAGUUGUGGUUUGUACCAGGGAUUUUUUAAAAAUGUAAAAUGUACAUUUGAAUACAAAUGCAAAAGUUAUUAGAUUUGACAAAUUUGAAGUAUUCCAUCACAAAACCAAUUUGUACAUGUGGAGAAGUAAUGAAGAAAACACUAGGCUUCUCUCAUGAACUGCAAUAUUUUUCUUCGUCCUCUGUUCUACAGUUCUGUUUUUUUAAAAGAUUAUUUUUAUGAUUGUACAUCACUUUUUCCCUUUUGACCGGUUAAACCCGUUUGUAUAAUAGUUUUGAAGAAAAUGGUUUUUCUAGGCUGGCUGACUUUUGGGGUACUUUGUGGCUAAAACCUAGCAAGACCAUGAUCAUAAAGUUGGCGAGAAUUCUGUACAUUAAGUGCUUUUAUGAGUUUGGACCAACUGUCUACUGUCUGUGAGCUGCUAGACUCUGCGAUGCUCUUAAGUAGUGUGCUUUUUUUUUAAAAAAAGAAAUUCUUAUUGGCAGGUGACUGUCAGUUCUUAAGCUUGGCGUUAUUGGGGAAUAUGUGAUUAAUUCACAAUGUAUCUGAGCUAACAACACCAAUUUGAUUUACCCUCUAUACAAGGACAGCAGGUAUGUGGUCCUUUUUAGAAAAAAGGUCAUCAAAAGUUUUGAGUAAAGUCCAUGCUAACUGAAUUGUUGCCUUGUUUUGUAGUUCUACUUUUAUCAGACAAUUCUUACUAAAAUGAGAAAUAUAUAAACAAAAAGCAGCAAAUGCCUGGUUACUUCAGUGUUUUUCAUGGGUCUUUCAAUUCAUUCAUUUAGGCAGUUUAUUUUUGCCUAUUAUCAAAAAUAACUUGCAUUACAUAAUGGUGUCUGGUAGACAAGCACUAGGUUUGGAAAAGAGAUCACCUUUCAUGGAGAUCUGUGCACAUUCGUGAACUCAUCCCCACAAUUGUGGAACAAGGUACUUCCUACAUCACAAAAUAUGACAAUGUAAUUUGCAUUGGUAGUUCUAAUAUGAAGCAAAGUUUUACACGCGAGAUGCCUAAUACCUCUAGGGAUAAGGGCUUUGUAAUUCAAUCUCAAACCAAGACCAUAAACCCACUUCAGUUUCACCUGAGGCUGUUUUUUAAAUGCGUUGUGAGAACUUGCUGAUUUAGAGGUAUUCAUUAUCUAUUAUGAUCUAAAAUCACCUGAGGCAGCAAGAAAAUUGAUUUAUACAGUUUAUACUUUGGGCAUAUUUUUAACCAUUCUUCAGCCAGAAAAGGGUGGAACUACUUCUGUUCUAAUAACCCAAUAAAUAAUAGGCUUUUUAUCUCAUAACUUAUGUUUUGCCCUUGGGUCAUGAGAGUUUAAUGCUUAAUGUUGAAGUUUUCCAGAUAUUUUGAAUUGUCCAGAACUCCCAGUUAAUUUACAUGCUAAUACAAAAUUGUAUGUGGAGAUUAGUACAUUUUUCGUGGCAGGAUGGUUAUGGGGCUAAAGGCUCCAGCCGUCCUCCAGUGAUCUGCCAAAUAUAAUCCAUUUGAUCACGUCCAAUUUUGUCAGUCGGCACCAAUUACUAAUACAGCAAACCCUCUGCAUUGUUUUAGUGGCAUGCUUGACUUUACAAAUUUACAUAUUUUGUAUUGAUUCAUUAGCAGAAAAGGCAUGCCCAUGACUAUACUCCAGUAAAAAGAAUGCAAAACUUAACACUUUAUGCAUGCCAAGUGAUGUACUUGGCAAACACAUUGACUUAAGUCAAUUUUUAUGUACCUAAUUUCCAACCAUGCACUCUCUUGGUGUAAAUGUAUAAAAUUAUAACCCUGUUGAUCUCAGUGCUGUUUCACAUACACAAGGAUGUUGCCCUUCAGUGGGAGUGAAAUGUGUGCUGUGUUGCAGAUUUUCCAGAGAUGUAUGCAAGUUCUUGAAGCAUUAUUUUCUCCACUGACACAAAUAACCCUGUUAUGAUUCAGUUGUAGCAUGAAAUAAUAAAUGUCCAUUUCAAAUUUAUUUUGUACACCAUUUUAUGCUUAUAGUAAGGUAGAAGAUCUCAGGUGCCCAACCGUUACAGGACAUUCACAUUAACUUGUGAAAUAAUGCUGUCUUGUACAGGAAACCUUGUUACACUUGUAUAAAUUGAGACUUUUUUUAAAGUUUCACUUGUGCAUGGAAGGUACAGGUUAGACGUCAUUCCAAAAUUGUAAUAUACUCGGGGAUAAAUUGACACAUUGAUAUUUUAGUUCAUACCCAGGUGUGAAAUGUUUGCUUUCCCAACCUAAAUCAAUUGUUUUAUUUUCAAAUUUUCAGGAUGCUUUCUGUUGACCUACUUCAUCUCCACUUCAGAAGAAUUCAAAAAAAAAUCUAUUUAUACUGUAAUAUGUUUUAUGGAUACUAUGGCCUUUUCAAAGAGUUUCACAUAAUUUGUUAAAAGAUUAAAUUCUGGCAUUGUAAUUUUGUAUGGAUCUGUAAAUAAAGAUGGAGAUUAAUUUC